CUACUGACGUCACAUAAAUGGCUGUCGGUGACAGUAAACAGUAAACAACAGAAACUAUCCCAAAUCAUCGGCUGUAGUAUUUAUUUUAUAGAAAGUAUCGUUAGGUACUAAGGUGGCUCGAAGUUUACUCUCAUCAUGUACAAAAUAAGAGAGUUAACAGAGAAGGUCACCAAUGUGGUGAUGAACUAUUCUGAGGUGGAGACAAAGGUCCGAGAAGCAACAAACGACGAUGCCUGGGGUCCUCAUGGGUCUGCCUGCGGAGAGAUCUCCCAGUACACAUACACUUACGAACACUUCCCAGAGGUGAUGGGCAUGCUCUGGAAACGAAUGUUCCAUGAAAACAAGAAGAGUUGGAGAAGAACAUACAAAUCGCUAACCCUGCUGAUAUACCUGAUCAGGAAUGGUUCUGAGCGUGUGGUUACAGGGGCCAGGGAACACCUAUAUGACCUGCGUGGCCUCGAGAACUAUACCUUUACAGAUGAACAUGGCAAAGACCAGGGACUCAAUGUGAGACACAAGGCUAAGGAGAUUAUAGACUUGAUACAGAACGAUGAGAGACUACGAGAUGAGCGGAAAAAAGCAAAGAAAAACAAGGACAAAUACACCGGCAUGUCCGGGGAUGGACCCUCUUCUCGCUUUGGAGGAUACAGUGAUCGCUAUGACGAGAACCCACGCAAAAAGGAGGGACGGCUUGGGGAGAUCGAUGACUGGAAUGACGGGAAGAGAUCUGUGGUUGACGGGGCUGUCGGGAAAGUGAAGGAAAUCUGGAAUAAGACACGUGGAAUGAACUCCCCUGACGAGACUGUUGACUACAGUGAGCGCUCAGACAGACGCGGACAUGAUGUUAUUGGGUUUAGUGAUGAGGUGGACAGGAACCAGUUAAAUGAUGAUGAUUUUGAGUUUAAAGACAGCACCAACGACUACAAGUCAGAGUCCACACGUUCAUCCAACAGAUCAACACCAAGCAGUCGGAGAUCUGCUGGGGCUGGGAAAGCACAGAUAGACCUGGGGGCGGCGGCAAGCAAACUGGGAAAAACAUCUGAAACUCAGACCUCGAGUAAACCCUCAUUUGACGCAGGUCCAAGUCUGAUAGAUAUGGGCAACCCAUCAGGAGGUGGGGCACAGGGGGUGGCAGACUUCGCCGACUUUCAAUCUGCAGGCAACGACUUCAAUCCUCGCGCAUCAGUUCAAGCACAAAAAGAAGAUGACUUUGCGGACUUCAGUAGUGCAUCUUUUCCAUCACCCACCAGAGAACAAAAUGGCGGAUUUGCGGACUUUUCAUCUUUAAACUCUAGUCAAACUCAGACAAACGCUUCAAACGCUGCAAAUGCAUCCUCUCCCGAUUUAUUUGAUGUGUUUAGUAGUGUAAAUGGUUCAUCUAUGCAGCCCAGUGUACCAAUACAGCCUAGUGUAAACAAUACAAACAAUAUGGGUUCUAUGAGCACUCAGGGAUUUAUGGGAAAUAUGGGCAGUGCUAAUAUGGGAAUGGGGGUGCACCAGCCUAACUUAAUGGGACAGUCCAAUAUUCCACGUCAACCAAAUUUGAUGUCAUCAAAUACAGGAAUGAUGUCAUCACAACAAAAUAUGAUGAUGUCCCAACAGAAUAUGAUGAUGUCAUCACAACCUAACAUGAUGAUGUCAUCACAACCUAACAUGAUGAUGUCAACGCCAAACAUGAUGUCACAACCUAGCAUGAUGUCAGCACAGCCAAAUAUUUCAGUUCAGCCAAAUAUGAUGGGAAUGCAACAGAAUAUGGUCCAGCAGAGACCUGGGAUGAUGCAGCCCCAGGGCAUGAUGGGAACUCCUGGCAUGAUGCCAAACCAGCCACAGCCAGCGAUGGGCUACAACCAGCCUGCGUCAGGCAACAUGAUGGGAAUGAUGCAACCAGCACCCGGUGGACAGUUAAUGUAUGAGUAUUAUGUGUCUAGUCCCUCUCUCAUGGCCCCCAGGGCUAGUGAGCCCAGCCCCCAGCCUGCACAGGCUGGCGGUAUGAACACAUGGAGCGGGGAUGCUAGUAAGGUGAACAUUAGCCUGGACGCUCUCAGUCCAGCCGCCAAGUUCCAGCAACAUAACCGUCCAUCCAUGAACCAGCUUCAGCAAAAAUCAGGUGGAGGGGUGAUGGCCCAGCCAGCAGGAGCGCAGGGCGGCAUGGGUAACUUGUCCAUGGGUAUGUCUGGCAUGAAUCUUGGAGGCCAGCCCCCAAUGAUGGCAGGAGGCGGAAAUAUGGGUAUGGGAAUGCAUGGUGGUAUGAUGGGAGGACCCAGAAUGGCCGGGGGAAUGGCAGGAAAUUCUAACUUUCAACAGAAGACAGACAACGCCUUUGCCGUGUUCGGCUCCAUGAAAUAAUGUCGGCACCAUCUAGGAUAUUCUCUCCCACUCUAUGAACAUUCAACAGGGCAUAGCUAAUACAUACUUGUCGUAGAAAUUUCUCUCAUUCCUUUAAUGAAGCAUUACACGAGAUUUCACACCUGUAUUUAUCAUGGAGUAAUCUGAGUAUAAAAUUACAGAUUUGUGAUUUUCCUGUUCAAUUCUUCGAUAUGUAGGACUUAUUUGCAAUUUUUUACGAGUUUUAAUAGUUGUGAUUAAAGAAAACAUUGCCAACCAUGAUGGGCCGGCAUCAUUACCGGAAAAGUGUACAUACUUUAUAGCCAGUUACAUGUUUGUAGUAUUGUAUAUAGAAGAGACGUACUUCGCUAAAUUAUAUAUUCCAAGAUAACAAAUUGUGAUGCUAUGAGUGUUCAUAAUGAUUGUUGUCUGAAAACGGUAGUGUUGUAUCCGAGUCAGAUGUUUGUAGCAUAACCUUGAAGUUUAUCUCUCAAUUGUUUUGUUAUGACUCCCUACACGUUGGUGUCGUGUGACUGAUGCACGUGUGUUCUGUGCACGUGUGCAGUUAUCCAUGGGCGAUAGAUUUCUUGUCAUUCUGGUCAUUUAGAUGAGAUCAUUAUUAUUGCAAGCAUGGGCAUGUUAUAUAUAUAUAUAUAUAUGAUCUGUUAAUCAAGGUAAAUAAGUUAUGUAGGAAAUAAAUCGAAUCAGUUGUAUUGCAAAUAAACUUAAAUUCUGGAUGUUCAAACAGAAUUAAUUAUUUGGUAUUGUAAUGAAUUGUACUCAAUUACAGUUGAUAACAAAUACUGGUUACAUGAAGAUUGAAUCUUAUUAUUUUUAACUUGUGACCUGCAUUACGGUAUACAUCAUGUAGUAUAACCUAAGCAUAUAAAAGGGAAACAUUCUACAUAUGUACCUCGACAUAUUGACUGUAAGUUCUUAAGAAUGCCUUCAUAAUCAGCUCUCUAAUAUCCAUCGGUUGUAUAUUUUAAAUGUUCAUGCAUGUUAUUUCCUCAAAUAUUGAGGGAUACUGUGGAAUAUGAUUUCAUUGUGUAUUGAAAGGCGUGAAGAAUGAAUGCUGUAGGUUGUUAUUGUACAUAAUUAUGUGUGUCUGGCGAUUGUAGCAUCAGUGUGAAACAUGCUUCAGUGUGAUACUGUUUUAAUGGAGCAUUUAUCUAGAUUAUAUGUUAUACGUUACAAAAGUAUUUAAAGAUAUGACAGAUUUUUUUUUAUUCUACAUGGUUUCUUUACUGAUUCAUAGUGUUGGAUGAUAGGACAAAUUUAUUUUAUAAUCGAUAAUUGAAUCGAAAUAGGCAACCAUAAUCGAUCAUCAAAUUGGUAAUGUUCAAAAGUGAAUUUCAACCUAAAUUUUUGGUCUGAAAAUAACAUGUAUGUUUAUUUGUUAACUUAUUUUUUAAUAUAUCUCAAGACUAGCCCAACAUAUUUAAUGACAAAGGAAUAAACUUUUAACAAAUUAUUCUUUUGCACAUUCAUAGCUGUGAUUUGGAUAAAUGAUGUUAUGCAGCAAGGAAGAUUAUUGUACACAUGUAUUUAAUUUUUUAUGGGGAUUUUUUUUUUCAAGGAAAAUCAAGUUUGAUGAAAAUCGUUUUUUUAACGAUAGUAAUCUAUACUGGCGAGUUUGGCACCAAUCAACAAUUAUUGGAAUAUAUCAGACCAUAGCGCCAUCACUAUUGAUUCAACAUAAAGUAUCAGAUUGAUUUUUGAUACAUAAGAGUUCUAACAACCUGUACUCAUACGUAUGUACUGGAACUGUCAAACAUAACAUAUAAACACUGCUGAUGAGACAUAAUUAUGUAUUCAGUUCAUUGAUUAUCAUGUUUCAGAGUUAAAACUGGACGUGCACAUUCUCUGAUUGUCAUUGUUAGUCUAUGCGAUUAGAAGCUAUUUAUCAGCAUUUUGUUAAUCAAUCAAAAAGUCACUGCAAAAUGCAAUUAAGAUCCAAUGUCCUCAUUACAUGAGUUAAAUAGUCAGAUAUAUGGUCUACAGUAUAGAUGGCUUUGUGUAUGUGCAGGAGUUAUGGUUAGGAUUAUGACCGCCUGUGUGGCGCAACCUUAUACAUUCCAAACUGUAUAUAAUGGCUGCUUUAUUGGUGAUCAGAUGACAUCCAACAUCUCAUUAGAAUAUUUCCAUGAACUCUUGGUAAUUGUCAAUCUUCUUACAUCAGAGCCAAUGGUUUAAAACUGGUUUUUAUUUUGGUUUGGUCAUUGUUGGCUGAAAUGAUUAUUGAUUGGUCAAUAUUUAUUCGGUAAUUACAAUCAACCAAUCAGAUCAAAUCGUUUAGAUCUGCUGACUGGCAAAACAGAUAACCAUCUUUUGGAAGUUUUAAACAGUUGGCUGCUGAUAUUCAUUACCUGCUUCUAAAUCUCUUAGUUAGUUUCAGGAUAAAAUUAAACAUGGACGAAACUUGCAGUUAAGUGAAUAACAACUAUUUGGGGAUAUAGAGGUGUGCUGCAAUAUUUAUAAGCUUUGAUAUAAUUUUCAAUAUACAUGUAUCAGCCUGACUUUAUAAUUGUUUACUUAAACAUGAAUAUCAUAAUCACGUGUCAUAUUGUUCCUGAGGCCAGUUUCAUAAAAAAACUUAGACGAGAAAAUAAUUUCCCGUCUGAAAUCCUAAAAUCCAAAAAACUGUAAAAAUAACAAUCAAAUCAGGUGAUGAAAAAGCAUUUGCGUAGUUGGUAAUGCAGCUAGGUGUUUUUUCAUGAAACAAGGCCCUGUUUGCCCUUCAAGUUAUUACUUGAUGGCAUAUUGUACAUACGGAACCCUUUCAUGUACCAUAGGAGAAAAUAUAUUUAUGCAUAUUACCGUGUUACUAGGGUUGAACAAACCACCAGUAUUGUCAGCCCAGUGCUACUUCGUAGUUAUUUAGAGAUUUUUAAUCAUACUGGAAUAUUUGUUAAAGAUGUAAUAUAUAUGUAUUGUUGUACUUAAAGCUGUUUAGAAAUGAUUGUUCAUGUACAGUUGAUUUGAAAUGUGUUCCCUACUUGCCUGUGUUGUUACGUACAAGGCCACGCACUGUUUGGCCGAUGUUUCUAAGCUGAGGGAUAUUUCACAUAACGAGAGAUAUUUUCAGCUGAGACCUAAGUGCUCUACAAUUAUCGAGUAUUAAAGAAUAAAGUUUUUAUUAGCCACUAAUGCCUCUGCUUGUAUUGCAUGACUGAAAUUAAAAUUUUGGCCUGAUUUUCUUGUACUUUCCUAAAUCUUUUUUAGCAGGAUAAAGUUAAGCUUUUAAAAGAAUGGCAGAAUUGUGUUGUUUUUUCCCUUUUUAUACAUAAUAUUUUAAAGUUAAUAAUCAGCUAUGUUAUGUUUUAUCCAAUUAAGUGAGGAUACUUGAACCUAUUACGCUAAAGAUAUUUGGAUAAGUUCAAGCAUGUUGAUUUACAAGCUUCCAUCACAAGCAUUUUUUUGCUUCAGUUUGUUUUCAAAAAGCAUGGACUACAUUUGAUUGCCAAUAAUGGUGAUUCUUUUCUUUCCAUGAUAAAACAACAUAUCAGAAUGCAAUUUGAAGCAUGGUUAGAAGUGAUUGUGAUAAUCUAAGGCCUACUUAAGAAUAAACAUUAAUCUCAAUAUGUAUAUCUUCUGAUUAUCAGAUCUUUGACUGAUAUUUGCAUGUCCAUGUGUGUGUUAAUAUGUUUGCAAUGUAAAUGUUGUUUUUGCAUCAAAAAUGUAUUCCUUUGCAAACGGUCUCUGUCAAUCAUGUUCAAAAUUAAAUUUUGUUUUACGAUUUAAUUAAAAAGGUAUAUUUAAAUGUUUAUGAAAAGGAUAAAUUUAAGCUAUGUUGCUGUAGUCAAAACCUGUUAUGUAAGUUGUAAACUAAUUGUUAUAUUUUCUCAUUCAAUCUCUCAAAUGUUGUGGUUUGUUAUGUUUGUUUGGUAUUGUGAUCGAACAAGAAGAUAUUAGCUUUAUUUUCUUGGUGGUUUGAAAAAAAAAUAAUAUGAAAAUACGUACUGUAUAAUAACACAUUGAUUAUAAGGCGCAUUUAAAAUCAUACCCCCGUACUCAUUUGUUUGUCUAUACAAACAUCACCAAUAAUUCCUAUCAGAAGUUUUCAAAUAAAAGCCUAGUACAUUGUAAGUCAUUGAGAAACAAUCACUCCAGUAUAGAGCUGAUAUCUUGAGAUGAUUGUUCUUAUAGGGUCAUAAAAUUGGAAUUUGAGGGCUUAGCUCAAGACUGUCGUAAUGCGUCCUAUUCCCAUAUUGAGUUAUAACCGUCUUGCACUAAGCCCGCGACAUAGUUGUGUACACACUUGUUAGACCUUGUAGAUUUUAACACAUUGUAUCAUGUGCAUGUACAAAUAACAUGAAUCAAAUAAAUAAGGAAAACAA